CUUGUCUUAGAAAUGGCUUCGAUUUCGUUAACAGAGUUGUUGUUAUUACUACACGAAUUACAGUAAUGAAAACUAAGCUGUAACAUUCUUCGACAUUUCAUUAUAAUACUUGAUUAAUAUAAUAUAUUUCGAGUCUUUCCACAAGAAAGAAAUGAAUAAAGAUUUCGAAAAGUAUCGUUUACCCUGGGAACACGAAGAACAUUGGAAAUUAAGAAAGAAAUUUCUUAUUUGCCAUCAAAAUAGCUUUUCAGAAGAUCAGUUAAUUUGUUUGUCCCAGGUUUAUAUGAAUAUUAAAGUAUUAGGAUGUAGGUAUUCAAAGGAAGUAAUGCAGAAAUAUGUUGAACUUAGUAAAAUACUUGAGAAUUUUGACUAUCAAGAACAACAACAUCCAUUAACAAUAGAUACUCAAGGUGAACAUGAAAUUGACGAAGAUGAUACAGAAUCAUCAGUACCUGAAAACUGUAAAAUUCUUAAGUCUGAGGAAGAAAUUUCAGAAUUAUUUAAAGAUCUUUCUCAAAUAAUUAUGAAAAUCCAAAAGAAAGAAAAAAAUCCUAUUCAAGUUCUUAACAUGAGUGUUAUGAAGAGUCAUAUAAGGACAGAUUGCUUAUUUAAUAAAAAAAAGAAAAGUUUUCGUUGCUGGUUGUUUAUAGAUGAACAUUUAAUAACUGAUGCAUAUGGUUCUAAAAAACAAGAAGCUAUAAGACAAGCAUAUAUUAAAGCAAUUGAAAUUAUUUGUAGGAAUAGUAUAAUUCCAAAACCCUUUGAAAAUGUUAAGAAAAAUCAUAGGAAUAGUAUAAUUCCAAAACCCUUUGAAAAUGUUAAGAAAAAUCGUCCUGGAUCAGUUAGAAAAAGGAAAAGAAAGGCUAGAAAUAUAGUAGCAGCAAGAAAGCAAAAUGAAACUUUAGUACUACAUAAUCUAAAUUCAAAUUUUAAUAAUAUAGUUAUUUUAGAUGAAUUCUACAUUGAUCCAUUACGUACUUCAUUUCAAGUCAUGAUGAGAACUGCAUCUUUUAAUAAUGUGUCAAUAGUGUUUAAAUAUUCAAAUAUAAAUCCUAUAACUACAAGUUGUAAUUUAAUAUUCAAUAAAUCACUCCUAGCCCAAGGAACAGGAGAAACAAAACAAAUGGCNAAUCUGCCUUCAAAAGAGUUUCAUUCAAAAGCUCAAACAGAUGAUAACUAUACAGUGAUAGAUCCAGACUGUAGGCCAGAUGAUCCAAAAUAUCCCAACCAAGCCAGUGAACAUGAAAUUGACGAAGAUGAUACAGAAUCAUCAGUACCUGAAAACUGUAAAAUUCUUAAGUCUGAGGAAGAAAUUUCAGAAUUAUUUAAAGAUCUUUCUCAAAUAAUUGUGAAAAUCCAAAAGAAAGAAAAAAAUCCUAUUCAAGUUCUUAACAUGAGUGUUAUGAAGAGUCAUAUAAGGACAGAUUGCUUAUUUAAUAAAAAAAAGAAAAGUUUUCGUUGCUGGUUGUUUAUAGAUGAACAUUUAAUAACUGAUGCAUAUGGUUCUAAAAAACAAGAAGCUAUAAGACAAGCAUAUAUUAAAGCAAUUGAAAUUAUUUGUAGGAAUAGUAUAAUUCCAAAACCCUUUGAAAAUGUUAAGAAAAAUCAUAGGAAUAGUAUAAUUCCAAAACCCUUUGAAAAUGUUAAGAAAAAUCGUCCUGGAUCAGUUAGAAAAAGGAAAAGAAAGGCUAGGGAAAUAAUAGCAGCAAGAAAGCAAAAUGAAACUUUAGUACUACAUAAUCUAAAUUCAAAUUUUAAUAAUAUAGUUAUUUUAGAUGAAUUCUACAUUGAUCCAUUACGUACUUCAUUUCAAGUCAUGAUGAGAACUGCAUCUUUUAAUAAUGUGUCAAUAGUGUUUAAAUAUUCAAAUAUAAAUGCUAUAACUACAAGUUGUAAUUUAAUAUUCAAUAAAUCACUCCUAGCCCAAGGAACAGGAGAAACAAAACAAAUGGCUAGAAAUAAAGCUGCAGAUAUUGCACUGGAAAAUUUGAAGAAAAAAGCUUAUACAGUGAUGAUUAAAAAAAAUACAGAAAGUGAACAGAUUGUCUCAAGAGAAAAGCUUCAAACAUGUGCUCUUGGAAAUGCCAUUGCUGAAAGUAAUGUUGGAUAUAAACUUCUUCAAAAAAUGGGCUGGGAUAAUAAUAAUUCAAUAGACUCAGCAGUUUAUGCUAGGAACAAUGAAUCGUAUAAAAGACAAGGACUUGGAUUUUCUGAAACAGGAGAAGUAACAAAGGAAUUUAUUAGUCAGUUGGAAAAAGUUAUUGCAAAUUAUGCAUCAUCUGAUACUGACGCUGAUUUAGUAUUUUCUUCUGAAUUUACUAAAGAAGAAAGAAAGGAAAUACACAGGAUAGCACAGACCUACUCCCUCAAAAGUACAAGUAAAGGUGGUAAGGGACCAGAUCGGCAUUCUGUAUUGAGUCGGCGAUUUAAACCUGUCCAACUUUUAUGCUAUCUUAUUAGAUCUGGUGGACAGACUGACAAGUAUGAAUUACUGAAACCAGGAAAUGACUCCUAAUAAAGAUGCUUUU